CAAUAAAGCUCACGUUAAUGUCACAAGUUCCUAGAUAAAAGUUAUGAACUGUUUCAUUACAGUGUAUUUCUAUAACAGUAUUAUCUUUAAGCUACUUAACUUUACUUGAAGUUUUGCUAUCUUUUAACACGGCAAUACACCUGGGAACCUGUUUUUCUAGCUCUCAGGUAGCCAUACAGUAAACAGGCAUCAAUCUGGCUGAAGUAGCCUACACCGUGUCACAGUAAAAAACACCGAAAAGUUGAAGUUGAAUUGUACAUAUGCUACAAGAAAGUAAGCAUUUAAAAUGUUCAAAACUGGUGUACCGAGCAUGACGGAGCAUGUUCCCCUUCCCACAUGAAUAUUUGCGUAAGGUAGUGUCGGAAGCCGCAGGCCAAGGUGUGACCAUUACCGGAGAAAUCCAUCGAAACACAUGGGACUGGGUUAACUCUGUCAUCUUUGCUUCCACCAUUGUCACCACCAUAGGUUUUGGUAAUGUUGCUCCCAAGACUCAAGGCGGCCGUAUUUUCUGCAUCCUGUAUGGUCUGUGUGGGAUCCCUCUGUGUCUUGUUUGGAUCAGUCAGCUUGGUUCUUUCUUUGGAGACCGAGCCAAACGUCUGUCUGGGAUUCUGAUCCGUAAGGGCGUCACAGUGAAAAGGGUCCAAUUAAUCUGCACAGCAUUGUUCCUGUUAUGGGGGCUGUUUGUGCACCUGUUGUUUCCUCCGUUAGUUUUCAUGUCUGUGGAAGGAUGGAGCUACCUGGAAGGCCUCUACUACUCUUUCAUCACUCUCACAACGGUUGGUUUUGGAGAUUAUGUGGCAGGGGUAAAUCCAAACAUAGACUACCCAAGACUGUACCGAGUGUUUGCAGAGUUGUGGAUCUACAUGGGUCUGGCCUGGCUGUCUCUCUUCUUCAGCUGGAAUGUCCACAUGGUUGUGGAAGCUCACAAGGUGUUUAAGAAGAAAAGACACAAGCACAGACACCCCUUUGAUGAGGAUCCCCCAUCUGUGGAGGACAAGCCAAAUCUGGAUAUAAAACCAACCUGUAUUGACAUCUUUGACUUCCCAGAGGAUGCCGAUUACAGCACGAUCAUCAGGGAGAUUGGAGCCUCAGCACAAAAAAGAAAGCCUGAUGAAAAUAUAAAUCGUUCCAAGAGCUGCAGCGACAUCUUGGGCCACAACAUCCAGACCUUGGAGCACUCGCCUCGGCACAAGCGCUUGAUCAGUAUCAGUGACGUGUUCAUUAACGCAAAGGCUAAAGUGGACAAAGACGGACAAAAGGAUGUGGGUGUGCCAGAACAAGAAAGCAACAAAGAUCCUGAUCCUGCAGAGGGUGUGAGGAUGGAUCAAGAUGAGAACAAGAACGGUUCUGUGUUUUUGUUUGAAACAGAAGGUAUACAUGUCACAUUACCUGAUGAACCUAGCCCGCCUCAGCAAAAAAGCAUGAUCAGUAUCAGUGACGUGUUUAUUAAUCCAAAGGCUAAAGUGGACAAAGAUGAACAAAAAGAUGUGGAUGUGCUAGAACAAGAAAGCAACAAAUAUCCUGAUCCUGCAGAGGGUGUGAGGAUGGAUCAAGAUGAGAACAAGGACGGUUCUGUGUUUUUGCCUGAAACUGAAAGUUUAGAUGUCACAUUACCUGAUAAAGCUGCAGCAGAAGAAGAAAGCGUGCAGCAUCCUGACGGUGGUGGGACAAGAUUUACAAUAUCAAAGGUUGAAGAGAGACAUUAAAGAAGAGAAAGGGUGAAAGAACUACUUUAAACAUUUCUUCACCUUAAUGAAAUGUUGGCACCAGUCAGGCUGUGUUAUUUUAAUUAAAAGUGUUGUUAUUACUGUAAAUUAUUAAGGAACAAAGAGAGUUUAGAGAAAAUGAUACUUGUAUUAUCUAAUCAUGAAAUUCCCUGAUGAUUUAAUGAUGCCUGAAUGUAAUAAAUAAGCAUCUAACCUGAACAAAAAUGUACAAACGCCCAACAUUUGGCUGAAUUCCUUAAGAUCAGGUUCUUUAAAUUUGCUCAUGUGCAAAGAUGGGUAAACUAGUGGCACCUUUUUUUUUUCUUUGCCUAAUUUCCACUGUGACACAAAUCCACUCCCAUUGUUCAUCUCCUGUCCAACAGGGGGUAGUAAAAAGGGUCUGAACUGGAUUCUAUAGGUGCCAUAAAUACACCUUUAGAACACCUUUAAGACUUCAUAGGACACUGGCCCAAUCUCAAUGUCCUCCCUAAGCCCUGAGCCCUUCUUUACUUAAUUAACGUCACCUGGAAAGUCAUUCAGGGCAGGAGGCUGUAAGGGCUCAAAACUGUAUAACUGGAAAUGGGACAGUAUUUUGCCAUUUCUCCCAUAACCUGCAUGACGUCAUGGAGAUCACCUUAGCGGCAUGAGGAAUUUUUAUUGCACAAUUUUUACUUUCCUCAAAUUCAAGGCGCUUCAGGGACGGACUGACUGCCAUGUGAUCCAGGCUUUGACCGUACAGAAUGCUUAACCAUACAAUUUAAAAUAUGAUUUAUAAUAUAAAUAUAUAACUAUAGGCUAAAUACAUAAAUUAUGCUGUAUAUGUGGGUAGAUUAAUAUUUAGGCUGAUUAAGGCUGUUUUCUAAAUGUAUACUUACAGGCAAACUACUUUGUAACGCAACAUUGGUUGCAUCUUCCUGCUUCUUGUUUACUAUCUCUCUUUUUU